UUCAAUUACAGACAUCUCUUAUCAUUAGUUUUCCGAAAAUUCCUUUUCCACUUUGCCUCUCUCUGUUCGGUUGCUUCUUCAACGUGGCAUGGCCUGCAGAGAAAGCUAAAACUGGAUAUGACAAACAAGUGUGAUCUUAAUAAUAAUCUUAGCAAAAAAAUUGAAACAAGUGAAGCAGUUGUCUGUGGCAUGUCGGUGAUGAUAUGGACGAAGUUCCAGGGGCUUUGGGGACAAGUGCUAGUUUGGCUUUGAGAUUAGGACAGUCUCUCUUCUCUGUUGCUUCACUUCUUUUCAUGUGUUUGGAUGUUGCUUUCUAUAGCUAUACUUCUUUCUGCUUUUUGGUGACAGUGAUGGGUUUGGUUAUAUCAUGGAGCUUGACACUAGCAAUGGUGGAUGCAUUCUCGGUUUUUAUUAAACGCCCAUCUCGUCAGCCUGGGAUAAUCUCAGUUGUUGUAUUAGGGGAUUGGGUCCUUUCGUUUCUGUCACUAGCUGCAUCAUGUUCAACGGCUAGUGCAGCUGACCUCCUGAUUCGUUCUGGUAGCCCAUUCUGCGAUGGGAAUAUAUGCAGCCGAUAUCAACUCUCUGCUGCCAUGGCUUUCUUGUCUUGGUUUCUGUCAUUGGCGUCUUCCCUCUUCAAUCUUUGGCUUCUUCCCAUCUUAUAGUAUUAACCCUGAGAGAAUUUGGGUAGCUUUGUAUAUGGCACAACUUGCAUAUAGUCUUUCGGAGUUCAUAGCUAAUUGUAGAUGGCACACAUGGUUCGGAAUAAAAGAUGAAAUGUUAUUGAAGGAAAGUAACUCCAGUGAUGCAUUGCGCACAAUGUCGAAAAUCCACUUUGAACCUUGUUGCGUUACAGUUAUGGUGCAGGCAGGUUGAAAUCAAGUUUCAAGACUCCUAAUUUUUUUAAUUUUAGGAGUCGUAUAUAUGUCAGCAUUGUCGAUCAUCCUACUACAAUUUGAGCACUAGAGUGAACUGCAGACAAAAAAUUGAGCUUAAUGUUAAACAUCUCCUGAAAAAGAAAUAUAACUUUGCAUCA